CCCCUCCUGCUCCUCUUCUUCUCCAGCCAUCGACGACAGUUCAAAGCCGACUUCACUGCACAAUUAACACCCGACGGAUUUAUGUCUUCAUAUCAGGUGAUGCUCUGAGGGAAAGCAGCAGAAAGUUGGCAUGUGAAAGUUUCCGCGGCUGAAACUCGAGACGUUAGGAAGAUGGACUCCAGGUCAUAGCCGACGGUACACCACUAGAGCUCCUCCGUUCCCCUGCUAGUUGAAGUGUGUCUGUCGAUUCAAUCAUGGCUCGUGGUUGCAUCUGCUGCGUUAAAUACAUGCUCUUCCUCUUCAACCUGAUCUUCUGGCUGGGUGGGUGUGGAUUGCUGGGCGUCGGCGUGUGGCUGUCGGUGUCUCAGGGCAGCUUUGCCACCCUGUCGCCCUCCUUCCCGUCGAUCUCCGCCGCCAACCUCAUCAUCACCCUCGGCAGCGUCAUCAUGGUGACUGGUUUCCUGGGUUGCCUUGGAGCCAUCAAAGAGAACAAGUGCCUGCUGCUGAGUUUUUUCAUUGUUCUGUUGAUCAUCCUCUUGGCCGAACUUAUCCUCCUCAUCCUGUUCUUUGUCUACACUGACAAGGUGAGUGAAAAUGCCAGACAGGACCUGAAAGAAGGGUUGGUGCUAUACAACACAGAUAACAACGCCGGGCUGAGGGAUGCAUGGAACACCAUACAGGGAGAGUGGCAAUGUUGUGGAGUCAACAACCACAAUGACUGGUACACUGCCCUGCAUGACAACAUGGUUCCUGACCGCUGCUGCCAGCAGUUUUACCAGGGCUGUGGACGCAACGCCUCCAAUACGUUCUGGACGCGGGGCUGCUAUGAUAAGGUAGAGGAGUGGCUGGAUGACAACAAACAUCUUCUGGGAACCAUCGCCAUGUGUGUGCUGGUCAUACAGCUCCUUGGUAUGGCUUUCUCAAUGACGCUUUACCAACAGAUCCACCGAGCAGGGAAGAAGUAUGAAGCCUGAUGGGAUUAACGGGGUCAUACUGUCAAAAUUGGUUACAUAAAAUAUCAGUCGGCCAUAUGUGUUACCCCUCACCUUUUGUUUAUAGUAAAAAUAAGCCAGUUAUUGUGUUACACUGCAGUCUUUUAUCUCACAUUUUCAUCUAUCCACCAUUUAUUGUUGUGAAUAGCAAUUGAACUAGUUUUCCUUUGUUUUGCUUUUUAAAAUCACAUUAUAAUUUGUGAUGAGGAUUGGCCUCUGGUAAUCAGAGCAGAGAGAAAAAAUUGAGAAUAGUUUUGUUUGGUUGUUGAAAGCAAUAAUUAUCAAAAAUAUAAUGUAUGGAUCCAUUUAGAUUUUUAUUAAAAGCAUUGUGUACUAACAUGUUCAAUAAAAGCACUCUUUAUAAAAGUUA